AUGUCCGACUACAAACCUACUCCCUACUCUCCCUCUCGACCGUCUAAUGGUAAUCAAGCUCGAAAGCGUAAUCAUCCUUUCAUUGUAUCAGGAAUCUUCGAUAUAUCAGUCAAAGUCGAACCUGAUGGUAGCGGUCAAUACGGGAGUUGCACUUGUCAAACUACUAUUUCUACCCUCAACGACGAGUCACCCGAUAUUGUCGAGUGGGUCAUCAAUGCCACUGCCUAUGUAGGCCCAGACAAUCAGCUUGAAGCUGGCAAUUGUUAUUACCUCAAGGGACGUCUACUAGCCUUCAACACUCAAGCGACACAAUCAUUCUAUUUUGAACCAGAUCACCAUGUCUUCGUCAACACCUCUGAUGGGCUCCCUGGAGGUCUUGCUAAUACAGUCUCGGUCACUGGAGUCGGCCUAAUCCUAUCUCGAUCUGUCGAGACUGUCAGCCCCGGAAAAGAUAACGUCACCAUUGUUGUUAAACAUAGCGACUAUAAUCCUUUAAAUCGCGCCCAGGAAAGCUUCGAAGUGCAAUACCGCUGCAACUGGUCCAAGCUCAUGGAAAAGUUACAAAUUUUGUUAGUUCCUACGCGCAAGGUUGCCAUCACGGGCAAUAUCACUGGUUGGAUUCCAUCAUCACAUACAUGGGUCGUCAACAUCACCGGAGUCAACAUAAUGACCGGUCCCGAGAACAAUUACAAUUCUUCUGGACCUCUCCCGACACCUUCUUUGACCACGCCUGGUGGACGUAGCCGAGGUAAAAUUGCUUUUACUGGUAAUUCCACCAAUGGGAUUGAGCCUCAUGCUCAACCUAUCGAUGGACCACAGGACUCCAGUCAGCCCUCUUCUCCGUCGAAGGGUAAAGGUAAAGCGCCAGCUAGGCCUCGUACCUCCCCUCUUAAGGCUGCUCAACCUUCGCCCGUGGCGUCUUCUUCGAAGACUAAGACUAGCAUCGCCUCAAAAGCUAAACCUACCCGCUCUCCAGCUAAGCGCAUGAGGGUGGUACCAGAAGAAAUCAACGACGACGCCGACAAAGAGGAAUGCGAUGAACUCGACAUGAUGUAA